CGCAUGCUCUGUUCGUUAACAAAAUGGCCGACUGUUAAAUGUCAACACGGGAAUGAAGGAACGACAAUGUCGUGUUUUAUGCUUAUUUCAGUAAAAUAAUACAAGAAAAUGGAUCCGUCUGACACUAUUAUUGACCCCGAAGCAGAAGUUAAAAAGCUUCAAGACCUAGUGAAAAAAUUAGAGAAACAGAAUGAAUUUUUAAGGGGUCGACAAAAGAUUCAAUUAGAGACUUUACAAAAUGGUGAAACAGAGUCAGGAAAGUUAACAACUAAUCAUAAUAAUAACUUACCAGAUAGUAAAGAUAAAUCGUGGAGUAAAAGUACAGGUGGCACUUCUUUAGAAGAGAUAGAAUUGUUGGAUGUAGAGGGUCUUUCCUUGCGAGAAGAUGAGGACUCGUGGUUAUUUACAUCUCCAAAACCUCCAACACCCCAGCAGAAUAAAAUUAGUCCAUAUAAAUGGGUUAGACAAGAUUUUGACCAUCCAAGUCCAGAGGUCAACUUAGUAAAGAAAUCUCUCAUAAAUAAACUUGAUGAAGUAGCUAAAUUGUCCAGGAGUAGCAGUACUCCUACCUUUGGACUGUACACAUCUCCCUCAUCCUCCAGACCCAGGAUGAGCCAGUCUGCUGAAAACACCCCGGUGACUAGUCAGACAGCGGCAGUAAGGAAGUCAUUAUAUACUAAUACAGGGGGUUCAGCUGGGAGAGUAAAUACAGGAACCUUUACUCGACCAAAGACUAAUAUUAAAACUAGUGAAGCAGACAAGCCCACAGAAAGUACAGAUAAGCACCCAGAUGUAACAGAUAUUGAAAAUCUGGCAAAACAACAGGAAGAAAGUUUACGUCAGAGUAUGACAAAUUCUUCUCCAAGAAGAGUCAUUCGCCCUAGGCAAAAUCCUCAGCAAGGAGUGCAGGCUUUAAACAAUAUAAACAAUAAUAUUGAAGUAGAAAAUCCUGCCUCCCCGGUCCACUCCAACAGGUCCAGCCCUUCCAGGGUUGAGGGUGAUCGUAGGAAUAGUCAAAGUAACAGUAUUGGAUCAGAUGUCAGUAGUCCUCCUGAUAGUCCUUACGGCAGUCAGUACCUGAAUCAGCCCUCAGAGAAUACUAACUUCCGUAGAAGUCUACCAAAUGUUUCUCAGAGGCUCACCCAAUCUCAGGGACUUAAUGCCAGUGACCCAUACCUAGACAACUACUCCUCAGGGGGUAGUGAUGAUUAUGAUGUAGGACCUACUCCAGCCCAGCAGAGACAGUUUUCACGCCUCCAGCCACCCAUGAGACCAACUUCACCUAACGUGUCUGGACUUCGACAACCUAAUACCCCCAUGCAUCGGGGGCUCUCUCCACAAAGGACCGGUCUUCCACAACCGAUGCGACGGUCAAUUCCACGGCCAGAUAGCGCUGCUAAGUCGAAUAUCCCUUCACCCAGGAGGUCUGCCUUGCCUUCACCAAGACGAACAAACCAGUACAGAGCUGCAGAUGGUGAUGAUAGUUGGAAAGAGGGGUGCUUUUAAUAGAGACAUUUGUGUUCCUGUUCACUGUCUGUGAGUCAGAGACUAAGGUGAAGGUUUGUGUUUGUGAAGAAACAGAUUCAGUUGUGAAAUGCUGGAAAGUUUGAAAAGGAGGAGAUUAUCACUUGUCUCAAGAACAGUUUUAGACAGGGAUUUUACAGAUAUUACAUUGAGUUCUGCAAUGAAGAGUUGUAUGAAGGUUGAAAUCCUUAUAUUGUACUUGCUAUCACUGUGUAAUGAUCUAACGUGUCUUUUCCAUUAAUUGCUUUAAUCAGUGCAUGUUUUGUCAUUGGGAGGGAGAAAUGAAUGUGUGCAACUUGAUUUCAGUCUGAUCUCAUUUCAAAAUUACAUUUGUAUUUCAUUUGCAUCUGCGUGCUUGUAAGAGAGUCUUUGGAGAUACAUGUAGACGUAUUUGCAACUGGUUACAGGUCUUAACUGGGAAGACUAUAUUGGGUGCCUGUUCAAUAUUUCUGUGAUAAUGUAUGAACAAUUUUUAAGUUACAAAAUAGUGAUUUUUGGCCUCUUGUUUUAUAAGAGCAUUUCGUUUUUACAAGGUAUUUUUGUGCAUGUAAAUUAUCUAUUUGUGAGCAUUACUGCAGAUUUCUCCACAAAUGAAAUGCAACUUUAAUUUGAUCUUAAUGGAAUUUAAGACUCUCUUAACACUGUGUAAUUGAGGGGUUUUCUAUGGGUAGCUCAUUUUUGUACAACUGCAGUAAUACCUGCAAAAAAAAAAUCAGCAGCAUAGAAUAUUGAUUUCAUCAUCCAUAUAAAUAUGAUAAAAAUUAAUAUUAUAAUAGAUAGGUACUUAUUGCGCAAAAAGUUGUAUCAUCAAAGAAACAGUCAACUGUGGGCAGAUUUUCAAAGCAGGCAGAAUAUAUGACAAGUUUUAGAAAAUGAAAAAAAAGAAAGAAUGAAUGAAAACUUCUUCUUACAUUGAUUGUGGAAAGGAAGAAAUCGUACUGUGCAUGUACACGGAUCUUGCAAGGAUUCUCUUGAAUUUUUGAAAUCUUUUUUCCUUAUUUCAUUCGAAUUUUUUAUAUGAUCAGAAUUCAGUUAAAAUAUAUUGAUAUAUACUUUUGUAUCUGUAGCCUAGUCAGUGUUGAGCAUUAAUACAUUUUUUAUUAACGGUAAAGGGAUGUGUUCACUGGUAUACUAUGGUAGUAAUCUGAGCACCCAAUACGGUUUACAUGCAUAUCCUUAUUUAUGAUUUGCCGUUAUUUUUUUAACAAAUAUUUUUUAUCAUCUCGGAUCAGACACAUAAUACCAAAUUAUUAUGUACAUGAACAUAAACAAUGAAAGUACAAGGGUUCGGUUGGUAUCCAACUUGCAAUAAGAUACAUAUGUAACAUUUAAUAUAAACACUGUCCUUAACCUGGUCUUUACAAACAGAAAUAAUUGGAUACAAAGGAGAUAUAAAAUGCCAAGCGUCGGAUGCUCCAUAGAACAUAUCUUGCUUUUUUCAUGUUGAAUGCAAUUUGACGAGGAUAAUUACGGAUGCUGUUUCCGCUUGUUUUGUACUUAAAAUGUGGGAUUUGUAAGUUUAUCUUAAUUUGAUGGCUUUUAUAAAUAAUUUAUUUGUGUCAUUUGAAAACAUGCAAUAGCUUCAUUCCAGCUGGAAAGUGACUAGAAAUAAAUGAAAUAAAUUUA